AUCAGGGUAGAAAAAGAUAAUUAAUACAGGUCUUUCCUUAUGUUUGUUCCUAUAGAGCUCAAGGCCACUGGAACUGCACGCUUCUUCAAUUUCCUUCUCAACUCAACAGACUACCGAAUCUUGCUGAAGGAUGAAGAUCAUGACCGAAUGUAUGUGGGGAGCAAAGACUACAUCCUCUCACUAGACCUUCAUGAUAUCAAUCGGGAGCCCUUGAUUAUCCAUUGGCCUGCAUCACAGCAAAGGAUAGAUGAAUGUGUCCUGUCAGGGAAGAACAAUAAUGGUGAGUGUGGGAACUUCAUCCGACUUAUCCAGCCCUGGAAUCGAACACACUUGUAUGUCUGUGGCACUGGCGCAUAUAAUCCUGUCUGCACCUUUGUCAACCGGGGUCGCAAAGCACAGGUGAGGUGAUGUUAGAGCAUAUGGCUAGAACAGCAGCCAGAGUGGUAAUAGGGAAGCAUCUGGAUGUGGCUUCAGCCUACACUGGAAGAGCAGAACCCAGAUUACACUCCCAUAGAACCUGGUGGGGGAAAUUAUGUUCAACAAACCAUCA